GACCUAACCGUUCACUUUCGCAAUCAUGUCUGGUACAGGGCCUCGCGAAAAUAUAUUUCCAACACGCAUGGCUCUCACGAAUACCAAGACGCGUCUGAAAGGUGCACAGACUGGGCAUUCGCUACUUGCAAAGAAGCGCGAUGCGUUGACGACUCGAUUCCGUGCCAUUCUGCGUAAGGUCGAUGAGGCAAAGCGGAAGAUGGGAAGGGUGAUGCAACUGGCGUCGUUCUCACUCGCCGAGGUAACAUACGCCACGGGAGAUAUAUCAUAUCUCGUUCAGGAGCAGGCGAAGUCAGCCUCGUUCAAAGUCAAGGCUAAACAAGAGAAUGUGUCUGGUGUCGUUCUUCCUGCUUUUGAAGUGGACCGUGUGCCGGGUUCGGACUUCAAUCUCACUGGUCUUGGACGAGGCGGACAGCAGGUUCUACGAUCAAAGGAGGUAUAUGCCAAGGCCGUUGAGACACUGGUUGAGCUUGCUUCGCUCCAGGCGGCGUUCACAAUCCUGGACGAAGUCAUCCGUGCAACGAACCGUCGUGUAAACGCCAUCGAACAUGUUGUCAUUCCACGUUUGGACAAUACAAUCAAGUAUAUCAUGAGUGAGCUGGAUGAGAUGGAUCGCGAGGAAUUCUUCCGCUUGAAGAAAGUGCAGGGAAAGAAGAAACGUGAUGCCGCAGCCACAGAAGCGCUGAGAAAAGCUUUGGAAGAGGCGAGGGCUGUAGAUGAAGUCGCGUCUCCGCCUCCCCCAGAGACGCUUGACGAGGAAGAGACUAUCAGUGGUGAUCUCCUGAGUAGUAAGGACGAAGAUGUCAUUUUCUAG